CACCAAUUCGCCACGGAACCUGAAAGGUCGAGCGAAACAUAAAUAUCGCGACCACCGACGCCAAGCUGCAGAUGGUUCCUUUUCCCAUCAUCACACUUCUCACACCUAAUCCUAUACAACGAUUUCCCUUUGUCUUUUUUCCUUUUGUCUUUUUUCUUUUUGUCAUUUUCUUUUUGUCAUUUUUCUUUUUGUCUUGUCUUUUUUCUCCCGUCUUUUCUCUCCCCAUUUUUCCCUUUUUUCAACACCGGCCUCAAGCCAGCCAAAUAACGAUGCACUUUACCCUUUCCGCCAGUGUCGCGACGGUCCUCGCCCUGCUCGUCGCGCAGGUCGCCGCCGCCCCGGUUCCCGGGAGCUCGGAGCUCGGAGUCCGCGCCAACGGGGGCAAGGCCGACCCCAAGGAGGUGAAAUAUGCCGAAAAGAUAGCCAAGGAUGCCUUGGCAAAGGCCAGGAAGAACCCCACAAUGACCGGCCCAUGCGGCGGCCUCGGCUGCGCCGGCAACAGCUGGAAGCGCGACGUCCAAGAGGAGGUGGCGGAAACCCCCAAGCUCGGAGCCCGCGCCAAAGCCGACCCCAAGGAGGUAAAAUAUGCGGAAAAGAUAGCCAAGGAUGCCUUGGCAAAGGCCAGGAAAAACCCCACAAUGACUGGCCCUUGCGGCGGCCUCGGCUGCGUCGGCAACAGCUGGAAGCGCGGCAUCCAGGAGGAGGUGGCGCCGGCGGUGGAGGAAACCCCCAAGCUCGGAGCCCGCGCCAAGGCCGACCCUAAGGAGUGA